AUGAGUGACCUAAGCCAAGCCACACACCUACAGCAGAUACUACAGCACCUGCUGAAGGAAGAGGCCUUCGCCAUCAAUGCUCUAGAUGACCUGCCCUUGCAGCUCUUCCCUCCACUCUUCAAGGAGGCCUUCACCGGCAGACACACUAACGUCCUGAGGGCAAUGGUGGCAGCCUGGCCCUUCCACUGCCUCCCCAUGGGGUCCCUGAUGAAUAUCUCCCACACAGACACUUUGAAAGCUGUGCUCGAUGCGCUGGAUUUUCUGGUUACACAGAAGGUUCGUCCCAGGAGGUGGAAACUCCAAGAGCUUGAUUUUCGGAAAGUGCACUCGGACUUCUGGGACGGACAGGCUGGAGGCACAGAGAUCAGCUACAGCCAGCAGGUCCUGAGCCAGGAGCAAACUCAGGCGUCCGAUCCACAGUGCGCUGUGAAGCAGCCCUUGAGGGUGUUAGCUGAUUUUGACCUGUGCGGGGAGCAUCUCAGGAAAGCUGACCAAUACCUGUUGAGGUGGGCCAGGCUGCGGAAAGGCUCGGUGCAGCUGUGCUGCAGGGAGCUGAAGAUCGGAGCAUCCCACGUCUCCACUGUCCUAGAGAUCCUGAGCAUCUUAGACAGAGACCGUGUCCAGGAGUUGGAACGGAAUUCCUGGUGGCAAUGGGGAAUCCAGGCCUGGCUUGCACAUUUCCUCAGACAGCUGGGAAAUUUUCUGGGAAUCUCCAAGACUGUCUUCAGCGGUGACUCGGCUCCACCAGACGUGAAGAGCUGUGUUACCGAGCCGGUUCCACAGUUCUCCAACCCUGACGGUCUCCAGCGUCUCUAUAUGAAUAGCAUCUACUGUCUAAAGGGCAACUUGAAGGCAUUGCUGCGGUGCCUGAAAACCCCCUUGGAGAACCUGUCCAUCACUCACUCCCAGCUCUCGCAGGCCGACUUGAAUCAUCUACCCCUGAGUCUAAACCUACAUCAGCUCAUACACCUGAACCUCAGCGGUGUGGUACUGUCCCAUUUCAGUAUUGAGCCCCUCUGUGUUCUUCUGGAGAGAGUCGCAGCCACUCUGAAGACCCUGGAAUUGGAAGGCUGUAGGAUGAAGGUCUCCCAGCUCAGUGCCCUCCUGCCUGCCUUAAGCCAGUGCACCCAACUCACUAAGAUCGACUUCCACGACAAUGACAGCUCCAUGGCUGUCCUUCGGGACCUUUUCCACCACACAGCAAACCUGAGCCAGCUGGCCCUGGAGCUGUACCCUGCGCCCUGGGAGUGCUUUGAUGACGAGGAUCUUGUCCUCGAAGAUAGACUUGCCAGACUUUGUUCUGAGCUCAUGGAUCUUCUCCGAGCCAUAAGGCAUCCCGGAUCUGUCUGCUUUGCUGCUGGUGCUUGCUUUGUGUGUUAUGACUAG